AUGGCCGAGGCAUCCACUGAUGGCUCGCCUGGCGUCAGCAAUUCUGAAGUUAUUCAAGAAGAGACGAGCAAGAUUCUUUUUGUGAUCGGAGCGUCAGCUGGAGCACUUUCUGCAUACACCAUUUUGCUUAACAUCGAAAAGUCGAUGACAGACACUCCGCUUUUUGGAGAUGCAAGGACGUUGGCGUUCGCCGGGAUCUGUUUGGGAUGUGCUCUUCUCUUCGGAGCGCUAGCCUUGGCCCUCUGGAAACUCGGGCUUCUCAUUUCGGGUGGUCUUGGUGGUUUGGCAUUGGGAAUGUUUCUGCUAUCUCUCCCACCAAUAAACUCUUUCUUAAUAGGCGAGAGCGGCUCCUCCAUUGUCCGUCCAAUUUUGCUGGCCGUCACGGUCUGUAUAGGCGGUUUGAUGUCCAUUUUCUACGAAUCUGUCGUAAUAAUGGCGUCCACAGCUCUCUUUGGCGCAGGAUGUAUAUGUACCUGCAUCGACAUUUAUGCAAAAACAGGCUUUGACGAAGCUAUUCGAACCAUUUUGCAGAACAAGGGGUCGGUAGAUAUGAAUAGCAGCUUUGCAGGCCUCCUAAUAUCAUACGGUGUGCUCUUCCUGAUCGGAUUUUACUUGCAAUAUAAGGGCCAAUUCCCAUCAUCCUCCAGACGCAGACAUGCGCUUGUGGCCGAUGAUCGCGCACCGGUUUACAAAGUAUAA